GGAUUCACCCACGGUUCAUCAUUCAUAAAGCACACUGCUGUCAUCAUUAAUCAUUCGAUGAUGGUUUCGGAGCUGUUUGCUGCUGAACAUAAACAAAGUAAAUUUAAAUAAAAUUUUUGCAUCAGAUCAGUUUCCAGUUUUUUUUUAAAUCUAUUGCUGAAAUGAGAAUAAAAGAGUUUUGUGUCAAUAAUUGUUGUAUUAUGUUUGUGUAAAAUUUGCGUACUGUUUUGAUCUUAUCUUGGCCCCUCACGAUGGAAGGCAAUUUAAUCUGCCGAUUGUGCUUGUUCAACAAUGAGGAGAUCGUUUCGAUUUUCGGGGACCGUCAGCGGGAAGCCAAAUUACAGGAGAAACUCUUGCAGUAUCUAAAUCUCGACGUAAAGGAAGACGACCCUCUGCCGAAGCUGAUAUGCAUGAAGUGCUUCCAGACGGUGGAGAGCUUCCAUGCCUUUUACCAGGAAGUGGCUCAAAAUCAGGCCGUUUUCGCGUACAGUUCUCAGCCGGGAAUGAUUGUUAUAAGUGAUCAAAACUCACAUACUACCUACAUCCUCCGGGAGGACGAGAUUGUGCAGCAGUCUUGUAUCGAUGUGGACGAAAAUCUGCAGCAACAGUUUGCCCUUGCGGGUUCAUCUUCGUUAGUUGAUUCCGGUGCUUCCGAGGGACAUCAGAAGUUGACGUUGCUCCAGUUGCCUGGCCAGGUUACAGCAACUGUUUUGGGUACUGUCGGAGACGCGGAUUCCCUACGGGUGAUAAAUUCGGAGCUGCCGCCGCCGACUUACGAUGAGGCCCAGAAGCGCAAGGAAGAGCAACAUGUCGCUUCGGCGAUGAAACAAGAACUGCAGCUGGACAUUGUGGAUCGGCUCGAUGAUGCGGAGGAGGAUGAACGACUCGAAGAUAUCCAGCCAAUUCUUCCAUCAGGAGAUAGUGGGGAACCGUAUCCAGCCACCAUAUCGCCAGACAGUGACAGUAAACCUCUAAUAGAGGAUUACCUAGGAGACGAAGUCCACGACGUCGAUGUCGAAGAGGAGGACGAUGACGUCGAUGACGAAGAGGGCUUUGUAAUCGAAACACUUAACAACGAAGAAGAAUUGGAUGAACUACCAUUUAAAGAUUAUAAAGAAUUUCCCAAGAAACUGAUAAAUGCCAAUCGAUUGACGGUUCGAGGUAAGGAGUUGUCCACAUUGAUCGCAAAGUUCUACAGGUUGACUUGUGAGCUGUGCGAUGAGGGUAGCGAGUGCGAAUCGGAAAAGUUUUCGACUCUAGAGGCAUACUUGGCUCAUUUCAAGGAUAUACAUGGUGUCAAGGGUUACGUUUCGUGCUGCAACCAGAGAAUCAUCAAACCCAGGUUGAUGGCUAUGCACAUGGCUAGGCACAUUCAACCAGAAGCUUUCAAGUGUGUUGAAUGCGGAAAACUGAUGACUACUCCUAGAAUACUACAAUAUCACAUACAAAACCACCGCCCUGAAGAAGAACGCCCCUACAAGUGUUCUCAAUGUCCCCGCCGGUUUAGCUAUGCUAGCGCGUUAGGAUCUCAUAGUCAAUCGCAUCUUCCAGAGCUAGAACGAACCAAGCACGUGUGCGAUGAAUGUGGGAAAUCGUACAGUUCCGCCAAGAACCUGGCGGAGCACACUUCCUCGCAACACUCCAAAAUUGAAUCACUUGCCUACGUGUGUCACAUUUGCGCCAAGCGGUUCACAUCGAAAAGUAACCUCACGUACCACUUGACCACGCACCAACCGAAAAUCCACCAGGUGCAGUGCGACCAGUGCCAAAAAUGGCUCAAAAAUAAGCUCUGUCUUCGGAAGCACAUGGUCCAGCACUCGAUGGUGCGACACAAGUGCAAUCUGUGUGACUACUCGGCUUUGAAUCUACAGUGCCUGAAGAAUCAUCUGAGGGUGCAACAUACGGAUUCGAAGCCAUUCGCGUGUGACGUGUGUGGAAAAUCGUUCAAACUGAAGAAUACCCUCCUAAAUCAUCAGGUGCAGCACACCGGUGUGAAGAAAUUCAGCUGUGAAUUCUGUGCGCGGACUUUUGCGUCCAGUGGCAAUUACUAUGCCCAUCGAAAACGAAUGCACCCACAGGAAUUAGCCGUGCAAAAGAAGCGGAAGGAAGACGAAGAGAAUGAGUUCCGGAAAAAGACUCUUCUAGCAGAAACUAAAUGAAAAAGUUUUGCGUAAGUAAUUGUAUUAUACUAUGUAUUAUAUUCUGUUCGGAUCGUUUUACUGGAGUAAUCCAAAGGCGAGUGUUUCGCUUUAGGAAGGUUGUUUUAUUUCGGAUAAACUUCCAGCCGCUGCUGACGAGAUGUUGAAUGUAGCAUUAGUCUAAGUGAACAGAAAAGAACGCCCUCUCUACUCUAGAAACGAU